GUUAAUGUCUACGAUGGAUAGCAAUGAAAAUAUGGCUGAAGUUUCAAGUGUACUUCGUUGUGGUAGUUCUCAAGCUAUAGAGCCUUCUAAUACAGAUAGCUCUAAAACGAACAAAAGAAAGAGAUCGGAGAUAUGGAAUCACUAUUGUGAGGUACAAAACCAAAAGGACAAGGCUAAAUGUAAUUAUUGUCGUUUUAUUUUUUCAGCUGAUCCAAAAAAUGGGACAAGUCAUCUUCACAAGCAUACAAAUAUUUGUAAGGCAAAAAAAUUUCAUGAUAAGAAACAGAAAAUAUUAAUAGGCACUGUGACUUCGAAAGAUGGUGUUCCGUUGAACGAAUUAGUUCCCUAUUCAUUUGAUCAGGAAAGAAGUCGUGAGGACCUUGCAAGGAUGGUAAUUCUACAAGAGAUGCCAUUUACAACAGUUGAACAUCCAGCCUUUCAGAUGUUUAUUAGGAACCUUAGACCAGAAUUUCAUAUUGUUUCAAGGACAACAUUGUCUUCUGAUUGCUUUAAAACUUAUGAAAAGGAAAAACGAAGACUUGAAGAUUUGUUCAAGACGAACUGUGGAAGAAUCAGCUUAACAUCGGACAUGUGGACAUCAAAUCAAACAUUGGGAUAUAUGUGUCUGACUGCACAUUACAUCACUAAUGAUUGGAAACUGAAAAAGCAUAUUAUCAAUUUUAAGUUGGUUCCUUCACCACACACAGGCUUAGUCAUUAGUGAUGCUAUAGCUAACUGUAUUUUAUCUUGGAAUAUUGAGAAAAGGUUGGGUUCAAUCACUCUUGAUAAUUUGUCAGCAAAUACAGUUGUAGCAACAGAACUUCAAAAACAAUUUAGAAAAGAUUUACUUUUGGAUGGUAAAUUCUUUCAUGUGCGUUGUUGUGCACAUAUUCUUAAUUUGAUUGUGAAGGAUGGGUUGAAGGUAGUGGAGGGUGCUAUUCAUAGGAUCCGUGAGGCUGUUAAAUAUAUAAAAUCAUCUCAAGGAAGGUUGGAAUUGUUUAUGGGAAUUGUGAAACAGUUCAAGAUGAAUGGUAAGAAAAGGAUAUGCAUAGAUGUACCUACUCGUUGGAAUUCUACAUAUCUCAUGUUAAAUGAUGCUAUAGAAUUCAAGGAUGUAUUUAUGCGACUUGUGGCCCGGGAUCCUAAUUUUGAUAAUGCGCCAACUGAGGAAGAUUGGUCUCAAGGCAUUAUUAUUUGUAACUUCUUAAAGGCUUUUCAUCUUAUAACUGAAGUUUUUUCACAAACAAAAAAUCCAACUGCAAAUUUGUAUUUCUAUGAAAUUUGGAGAAUCAAUAUGCUCUUGAUUGAAGAAUCUAGAAGUCAGAAUGCAGUUGUGAUGAUGAUGGCUUUAAAGAUGCAAGAAAAAUUUGACAAAUAUUGGAAGGAAUGCUCUCACAUUCUUGCUGUAGGGGUUGUUCUUGAUCCAAGACAUAAGAUGAAUCUUAUUAUUUAUUGCUUUCAGACAAUCCAUGGUAAUGGUGAUCGUGCUUCAUUUGAGAUCAACAAAGUGCGUGAAGUUCUUCAAACUUUUUAUGAUAAUUAUGCAAUUUUAUAUGGCACAAAUGUCUCUCUUGUUCAAGUGGAUGAGAGGGUGUCUACAUCCCAAGGUGGAAGACAUGAGAAUCGUUUUAUGCAUGGCUAUAAAGAAUUCAUCCACGGAGUACAAGUUACCCAACCAUCGAAGUCAGAAUUAGAGACCUAUUUGGAAGAGAAGGUUCAUCCAUUAGAAGAUCAAAAUUUUGACAUUCUACAGUAUUGGAAAUUCAAUGAAUCUAAAUAUCCAAUAUUGUCUAGGAUGGUACGUGAUAUCUUGGCAAUUCCCGUUUCUACCGUUGCAUCUGAGUCUGCCUUCAGCACUGCUGGCAGGGUUUUGGAUGAUUUUCGUAGCAGUCUAUCUCCGAAUACGGUUGAGGUAUUGAUAUGCGCACAAGAUUGGCUUCGAGAUAGCUUGCCUCAUCUUGCAGAUAUUCCACCUCCUCAUACAAAAUACAAGGUUGAAGAUUACGAAACUGUUGUUGAUAUUAAUACCGAUGAUUAGCUUAUGCUGGAUGGUGGUAAUCUAUCUUAACUGAUGUUCUUGAUUGUUUCUGCCGUGCGGGUGAUCCUUUAGCUGUGGUCGAAUGGAUGAAGAAAAUUGUGGUUCAUUAUACAUGUUCUUAGUUAUGUAAUUCUAAAAUUCACUGAAUAUGAUGUUGAUGCUAUGAUGCAUCCUUUUUGGAUUGUCAUAUGGGGUUGAAUUUUGCUUUGAAAAAUUCUGUGAAAAAUUGGUUCAACUUUUGAGCUUCAUCCUUCUACAUGAAUAUCUUCUGCUUUCCCUUUUUGUACUA